UCAAUGCCAAUUGAAUCAAUGUUAUUAGCUGUGAAUUCGAACUUUUUGGUAUUUUCCGUUUCUUCGGAUGAUAUGAUGGGUCAAUCAUUUGCUUCAUUGGUUUCAACGGUGGCAGCUGCAGAAUCAGCUAUUGGGUUAGCCAUUUUCGUUAUAACUUUCCGAGUCCGAGGGACUAUUGCUGUAGAAUUUAUUAAUAGCAUUCAAGGUUAAACAUGACUCCUAGAGAAUUACCAAAAUACGAAGUUAUCUUUUCUCCUUUCGUUCUCUUCUUUUGUUUUUAUUUUUACUUGGUUGGCAGGGUCGGGGCCUUUCUCGCUGGGCGAGCGCAUCCGAUUGAUUCUAAAGUCCUUUCCUAAACCACUUCCCGUUUAGUUGCUGAAAGAUAGAUAGAACCUUUCUAAAUGAGAUUGAGUUCCACGAAUAUGCAAGCUAGAAAGAUGCUAUUUGCUGCUAUUCCAUCUAUUUGUGCAUUAAGUUCGAAUAAGAUAUCAAUCUAUAAUGAAGAAAUGAUAGUAGCUCGUUGUUUUAUAGGCUUCAUCAUAUUCAGUCGGAAGAGUUUAGGUAAUACUUUCAAAGUCACUCUCGACGGGAGAAUCCAGGCUAUUCAGGAAGAAUCGCAGCAAUUCCCCAAUCCUAACGAAGUAGUUCCUCCGGAAUCUAAUGAACAACAACGAUUACUUAGGAUCAGUUUGCGAAUUUGUGGCACCGUAGUAGAAUCAUUACCAAUGGCACGCUGUGCGCCUAAGUGCGAAAAGACAGUGCAAGCUUUGUUAUGCCGAAACCUAAAUGUUAAGUCAGCAACACUUCCAAAUGCCACUUCUUCCCGUCGCAUCCGUCUUCAGGACUACGAUCUAGGCACAAAGUUUCACUUAUUAGUUAGGAGGAGAUUUAUCCCCCAGUGUAUCUCGAAAGCAGAAAAAAUAGAACUCAUUCGAGAGAGCUUGGUGGUCUUAAGAAUGGUUCGGGUGGGGGGUUCUCUUAAGAAUAAAUAAGACGCUAAUAG